GUCGAUACUUCAGCGCGUUGUCAACUCUACUGCGUUCUUCAAUUGCCUGAAGAAUCUGCGUAGCGAGGUCCGACGUGAUCAGGUACAACAGUUUGAGCAUAAAAUGGAGGCAGUGAUGGGAGCAGGUAGUAUCCUAGAUGGGAUAUUCCUUCUAUUGGUUCUUUCACAACAUCAUGCUGAUUCUACAAAAAUAUGUUCGAAGUCCAGUAACUUUCCGCUUCUUCAACAAAACAACAAACUACCCAACCACGAAAUUGCUUCAAUGACGACAGAGGGACCAGUAAAAUGCGCAUACAAUUGUAUGUCCAUUAAAAUGUGUCAGUCUUUCAACUUUGACACCAACACUGGCAACUGUCAGCUGAACCAUGCCACGUUAUCACCUGGAGGUCUUAACGCCAGCUACCUGGUGACAACACCUGGGUUUGUCUUCUCGGACAUCUCACUGUGGCCAAAGACAAUUGCAGGAGCGUGCGCCAAUCACAACUGUUCAGUUAACGGUUUCUGUGAACCCCUGGGGAAGGUCGAGUAUACAUGUAGGAGACUUGUGACGACACCAUCAUCAUGUGCAGAAGUCAAGGAAUGUGACCCCUCCAGCACAGAUGGAGAGUACUGGCUGCGUCUGCUGAACUUUGACCUGUACAGAACCCGGAUAUACUGCUACAACAUGAACACAGACACCCCCGUGGAGUACCUGACACUGCCCACUCCUAACUAUGGAAUUUAUCCGAAUGUGUCAAACAACGGCUGUUAUCAAGAAACAUCGCUAGUCCUCAACUGUAAAGGAAGCGGCGGUGAAGCCUUUUACCACAAAAUAAGAGUCCUUAUUGAGAACAUGAAUGUUCAACGUGAUGACAGGACAUUUGCCGACUUCUCUAAUCAGGAAUUAAACUACGCCGAAGCCACGGACUGUUUCACUACACACUAUGGUGUACCGAGAUCAUGUGGAACUAGGGGCGAGUUUACAGUGAACCUGACAAACACUGGAUGGAUCGUAGGACCAGACCAAGAAUGGAAAGCAGCAGGAUGGCGUGCCAUAAUAGAAUCGAUGGAAAGAGAUGACACAGGGGCUGUUGUUCUUCUAAAAUGUGGUGGCUUCCCUGGGUAUUGCUAUCCCGAUGGCGGCUUGAUGCUCAAGCCUUUCUACAAAACGGCUAUCCCGGAUUCCUCAGCUAGGGAGGUGACAUGCCCCCUCACAAGUUAUACUUGAACCUCAGUUAUCAAAAGAGGUUAACAUACGACUGCUCUUUUCAUUCCUGCCAUGCAUAAUCUUUACCUUUAAAUGACCAAUUAUCAAACUGAAUUCAUGAUUUGAUUCGAAAUGCUGACAUAUAUGAUUGUUAAGGUAUGUUGUUUCGGCUCUCGCAACCCCCUAACAUAGAGGCAAAGAAUUCUGAGGCGACCUUGCAGCAAGCUACUGACUCAUUAAAUGAAGUUUCCUGUUCUUUAAGGGUAAGAGGAAUGUCAAAGUGCGAACAUUUUAUUUUUAAUUGUAUUUCUAAAAGGAAUAUUCAUACCUACAUUAACAUGUUAUUCUGUAUAUUUGGCACUUAUUCAAGUAAAUAUAAGCGACAACGCCAUGUAUAUAGUACAACAUCGUUGUUAUUUUGAUAUUACUAGCGAGUGGUUUUUUGGCGGCUUUUAGCAAUAUUGCAGCUUUACCAUGGUCAGGAGGCCCAAAUGGGCCUGACACUGAAAACCCAUUAAGA